GUCUUCAAAGCUGCAAUGUACGAGAUCACCCGGCUGGUGGAGGACAGCUUUUUGGAAGAGGUGACACGGUGCAGGGACCAGGUCGAGUCGCUGAAGAGGCGACUGAAGUGGUCGGAGAGUCGACGUAAAGAAAAAGACGGUGACAGGAGGGGGAGAUGUAUUGACUGCGGAAGAGUCGUUGGGUCCGGUGAGGAAGGACCCAGAGUGACAGGUGAGUCUGCCUGCUGUCUAAUGUUGUAUCAAUAUCUCCAGGUGUUCAGGGUGAAAAGCUGGAUAGACUGCUCAAGGAGGAAGCUUUUCGGAUCACGGAAACUAAUGAGUCCCAAGAGAGAUGGGGAGUCAAUAUAUUUCUCCUCUCAUUGGUCAGAAACGGAGGCAUCAGGUGUGCCGGGGCCCAGUAAACGUUACGGUGACCAGAAGAUCCCAAAGUGUCACGUGAACUGGGAAGCUGGCUUUGACCAGAGGCCACAAUCAGGCCAUGGUGGUCACUCAGGUGACCCAUCUGAACCCCCUUUCCAGAGCAGGUAUGGUAUGGAAGACUUGGGUGGCUUUGACAAGACUGGCUAUGGAGACGGCAGUAUGAUAGACAUGGGUAACUUGGAUGGUUUACAAGGAUCACCAUCCCACCUGGGUGAGGAUCUGAGUUACAUGGGACACUAUGAGGGGGACGUGGAAGCACCGGAAGAAACCGAGCAUCAAACUUACCAAGCAGGCGUCGCACGGAAUAGAAGCGGUGCACUUGGUUCACCUGAAGGCUCUCCCUCAAGGACUAACAUCGACGUAAGUGGUGAGUUCAGCUGUUUAUUGAUCAAUGAAGAAGGGUAUCUACAGGACCAGAGUGUCUUGUACCCCGAACAAAUGUCUGGUGAAUUAAGCGGCAGGUUGAGCCUCCGGACCCAGGGCAUUCGCACUGACCCAUCUUUAGACAGCACAGGCGAUAUGUAUGGACCCUCACAUGCAUACAGUGAUACCUUAAACCUGGGAGAGCGGUUGCAGCAUCCGGCAGGAGGGAGAGGAGGGAGGAGACACACCUGUAACCAGUGCUCCAUAUCCUUCCCUGAUUCCGCCUCACUAAAGGUCCACAAGCAGACACACAAAGGCACGGGUCAAGUGCCACAAUACUCCUGCAACCAGUGCGGAAAGACUUUCACUCAAGCCUGUAACCUCAAAGUCCACCAGAGGAUUCACUCUGGGCAAGGGCUUCACCUCUGCAGCCACUGUGGUAAAAGUUUCCCGUCGUUCUCUGACCUGAAGUCCCACAAGUGUGGACAAACAGGUGACAAACCUUACUGCUGCACUGUAUGCGGGAACAAGUUCAGCCGUCUCUGGAAUCUGAAGUUGCACCGGAGAAUUCACACACAGGAAAAACCUCACCAGUGCACAAUGUGUGAUAAGAGCUUCACACGGGCAGACAUACUGAAGGUUCACCAGCGGACCCACACAGGGGAACGCCCAUACUGCUGCGCUGUCUGUGGCCUCAGCUUCAAACGCCUGGAUCAUCUGAAAUCGCAUCAACGCAAACACAUGACAGAUCUAUAAAACUAGGGACAUUUUGGGAGAGCGAAUAAGAGAAUUUAAGCUUGUUUGAUGUACUAAGAGAUUUAAAAAUGAAUGCUUUUAUAUAAGAACCAUGGCUGUUUUUUUUUUAAAAAAAACACAAAGCCCUGUUUUUAUUUCUUCUUUUCAAUUCCAAGUCCUUGGGUUUUAAUUAAAAUGUUUUUGUUGGUAUGAAAAAGAAAACAUACCCAUUUCUUGUGUUUGAUAAAAUACAUCUUGUUUGUUGCCCAUUUGUUGCUGCAUAUUUUAUUACUGAAAAAUUGACUUAUAAAAGAGGCUGAGUGACAUUAUCCUUGUACUUACAUUACCGAUUCAAAAUAAAACUACAAAUGAUGUCUGUA